AUGAUCCCAAAGAAAGAAGUAAUUAUUGUCGGAGCAGGCGUAUCAGGCAUUGGCAUGGCCAUCCAGCUGAAGAGAAUGCUCGGACACGACAACUUCACGCUGUACGAAAAAUCCGACAACAUCGGCGGCACCUGGUGGCAUAACAGGUAUCCCGCAUGUGCUUGCGAUAUCCCUAGCCACUUCUACUCUUACAGCUUUGCUUUGAAGCCCGACUGGUCGACUACAUAUCCGGGCAGAGAUGAGCUUCAUGAGUACUUCUUUUCUGUCGCUGAGAAGUUCGGCAUCCUUCCACACUGUCGCUUCAACCAGGCAUGCAAGAGCAUGGUCUGGGACACGCAACGGUCGCUUUGGGUUUGCACUUUCGAAGACACGCAAACCGGAAAGCUGACGGUGCACGAGGCGCCAGUGGUCGUCAGUGCCGUAGGAACUCUGGAUCGCCCAUUCAUCCCUGAAAUCAAUGGUGCAGACACUUUCCAAGGCAAAGCUUUCCACAGCGCCCGUUGGGACCAUUCUGUCGACUUCAACGGGAAGAACGUCGUGGUCCUCGGAAACGGAGCUUCCGCAACACAGUUCGUCCCCGAGCUGGUCAAAGAAGUGGGCCCAAAGGGCAAGGUGGUCCAGCUGGUCAAGAGUGCACACUGGUGGACGAAGAGAGGCAACCCCAAAUACUCCGACCUCUUCAAAGCAGUCAUGAAAUACGUCCCCCUCGCCGCCCGCCUCUACCGCAUCCACCUCGCCUACCAACUCGAAUCCCUCUUCCCCUCCUUCCUCAUGACCCCCCGCGGCGCCCGCCUCCGCGAACAUAUCCGCGCCGCAACCUACGCAUACAUCGACGAAGAAGCACCCGCCCAAUACCGCGCCAUCCUGCGCCCGGACUACGAACCCGGCUGCAAGCGCCGCGUCAACACCAGCACCUACCUCGCCUGCCUGCACGCGCCCAACAUGCACCUCGCCCGCGACCGCACCACCGCCAUCGGCCCGCGCCACGUCGAGACCGAGACGGGCGCCACGUACGCCGCCGACGUCAUCGUCUUCGCGACCGGCUUCCACACGCAGAAGUGGCUCGGCACGAUCGAUGAGGUGCGCGGCGUGGACGGCGGUCGGUCGAUUCACGACGUCUGGGACGCGGCGGGCGGCGCCGAGGCGUACAUGGGGACGGUGGUGGCUGGUUUCCCGAAUUUCUUCGUGCUGUACGGACCGAAUGCCGCGACGGGGCAGCAUUCGGUCAUCUUCCAUUCGGAGUGCCAGAUCAACUACGUUUGUCGGCUGCUGCGGCCGGUGUUGAAGAAGAAGGGGGGAGCGGUGGUGUCGGUGGCGGUCAAGGAGGAGGCGCAGAGAGAGGAUUUGAGGUGGGUGCAUGGGAGGUUGGAGGGGUUGGUGUUUAAUGCUGGCUGUCGGAGUUGGUGGAUGGAUCCGGUGACGGGGAAGAAUACGUUUAUUUAUCCGGAUCCGAUGUGGAAGUACUGGCUGCGUACGAUUUUUCCUCGGUGGGGCGAUUUUGAGCUACAGGAAUCCCGGUAA